AUGGGGCCCCUGUGGGCAAUAGAAGAUCAUGGGGCCCCUGUGUCCUCACCCACGCUAAAACCACACUCAAAAAAGCCUAUGAAAGUUAGAUAGCAUAAUAAAAUCAGGUUCACGAUGGAAAAAAAACAUGCUUACACUGCAGAAUAAUAAGAGCUGCACAAAUAUGGACUCUCCACAGCAGGGGCGGACUGACAACUCAUGGGGCCCCCGGGCAAUAGGUGAUCAUGGGGCCCCUGUGUCCUUGCCCAAACUCAAAAAAGCCUAUGAAAAAGGUACCAGGGGCAUCUCAUGGGGCCCCCUACUAACCCCGGGCCCUUGGGCAGUGCCUGAGUUUCCAACUGGUCAGUCCGCCCCUGCUCCACAGUAAUACCUGUGA